CCGGUCCUCCCUCGCACCUCCCCACCUUGAUGGUCACGUGACUCGGCGGCGGCUCCCGGCGCGCCGGUGGACGCUGGAAGCCAAGAUGGCGGCGGAGCUGGUGGAGGCGAAAAACAUGGUGAUGAGUUUCAGAGUCUCAGAUCUUCAGAUGUUACUGGGUUUUGUUGGCCGGAGUAAGAGUGGACUUAAACACGAGCUGGUCACUAGAGCAUUGCAGCUGGUCCAGUUUGAUUGUAGCCCUGAAGUUUUCAAGAAAAUUAAAGAGCUCUAUGAGACUCGCUAUGCUAAGAAGAGCUCUGAACCGGGGCAGACACAGCAGCACCGACCUCCAGAGGCACUCUCCAUACAUUCUUCCUAUGACCGUGGGAGCACUGUUGCUAGGACUUCUCUUUCCACGCCUAACAUUGACUAUCCUGCACUCUAUGGGAAAUACCUUAACGGACUGGGGAGGUUGCCACCCAAAGUUGUAAAGCCUGAAGUGCGGCUGGUGAAACUUCCCUUCUAUACCACCUUGGAUGAACUGCUGAAGCCAACUGAGCUAGUCCCACAGAAUAACGAGAAGCUUCAGGAGAGUCCAUGCAUUUUUGCACUGACGCCAAGACAAGUGGAGCUGAUCAGAAAUUCCAGGGAGUUACAAGCCGGUGUGAAAUCUGUUCAGGUUGUGCUAAGAAUCUGCUACACGGACACUAGUUCCCCACAGGAGGAUCAGUACCCUCCAAACAUCGCAGUAAAAGUGAAUCAUAGUUACUGCUCGGUGCCGGGCUACUAUCCAUCCAACAAGCCUGGAGUGGAGCCUAAAAGGCCCUGUCGUCCCAUUAACCUCACGCAUCUCAUGUACCUGUCUGCAGCGACCAAUCGUAUCACGGUUACAUGGGGGAAUUAUGGAAAGAGUUAUUCAGUGGGCCUAUACUUAGUGCGGCAGAUGACCUCAGCAGAAUUGCUGCAGAGGUUGAAAACCAUUGGAAUCAAACAUCCAGAGCUCUGCAAGGCACUCGUAAAGGAGAAGUUGCGUUUGGAUCCAGACAGUGAAAUUGCUACUACAGGUGUUCGAGUCUCUCUCAUCUGCCCGCUGGUGAAGAUGCGUCUGUCUGUCCCAUGCCGGGCUGAGACCUGUGCACACCUACAGUGCUUCGAUGCAGUCUUCUACCUCCAGAUGAAUGAAAAGAAACCCACUUGGAUGUGCCCUGUGUGUGACAAACCAGCACCCUAUGAUCAGCUAAUAAUUGACGGGCUGCUAUCAAAAAUAUUGACGGAAUGCGAGGAUGCAGAUGAAAUAGAAUACCUGGUGGAUGGAUCCUGGUGUCCAAUCAAAGCUGAGAAAGAGAGAAGCUGCAGCCCUCAAUGUCCAAUAUUGGUACUAGGUUCUUCUGAUGUGAACGGGCUGUUGCCCACUCCCAACGGUAAUGGAGAGAACGGCAAGGUUGCCGCCGACGUUGUGGAUUUAACACUGGACAGUUCAUCAUCUGAAGAAGAGGAGGAGGAAGACGAAGAAGACGACGACGACGAUGACGGACCCCAACCGAAACGACGCUGCUCUUACGAGAAAGGUUUAGUUUCUGCCUGCUGACUGCGGAAGUAGCUCUGAAUCUCAGAAUGGACAGACUUGAAUACUCUGGUGCUUACUAAACUGGAGGGUAGGGGAAUUUCUCCUUCGCCUCACUUCCCUUCCUCCCUGGUCUCCUCUUGACGUUCCUAUUCCAAGUUAACCAUUAAAACGAAAAAUAAAACCAUUGAGCUGCUUCUUGGUUGGAAAACUGCCCCACUAAACAGCCUGACCCGAGUUCUGCCAGCUCAACCUGACCCGGAGUCUGAACUGCUUCUACGGUCUACACCAGAGCUGGGCCAUUGGAGUGCCAUUACGUGGACCCUGCUUUCCAUAUAUGGACAGAAGGGGUUUUUCCGUUGACGUUGUUAAUCCACCUCUUCGAGAGUGAAAGAAUUCUUCUGACCUAACUGCGCCUCCACCACGGGUGAGGUCGACCUGAUGUCACACCGAGCGAGACGUUUCUCCCAGCACUGAACAACAGAGCUAGGUUGAUCUAAUUUUUAAGUGUAGAGCGGGCGGGAGAGAUGGUGGAUUCUCCAUUGUGUGGGGUCAAGAUUGGGAGCCCGAUGCCUUGUUACCCAGCGUUGUCAAUUACACCAGGGGGAAGUGGGCGUGAAUGUUACCAUGGUGAUUUACUAGCACUUUUAAACUCAGUGAGAAGUUCAGGGCAAGGGAGAAUCCGAUGCUCCGGACAUCUAAAAAAGAUGGUCUGGCUCCACUGUAUGUUGGGCUUCAUGUAGGAGUCACGGGAUGGGAUUCUCUGGCCAGUAUCAUGUAGGUGGCCAGGCUAGGUGAUCAUAAUGGUCAUCCUUAAUCUGUGACUCUCCAGGGGAAGAUGUAACAUUGCAACUCCUAUGCUGUAACUUUGAGUUAAUAACUCGAUAGUGACGUGGCUGACUUCAGAUACGGUUUGCGGCAACAGAUGAUUAAUAUUCAGAGCUGUAGUAGCUUACCACAUGCAUCCUAAGCGGGAACACGGAUGUCAAAUUGGUCACAGCCACCUUUUUGGCUGUGUGGAGGAGACUCCCUUUAACCAUUUAACCAGUUUGCCUGCUUCUCCCUCCUAGUUCUCAGUGCGGCAGGCAGGGCAUCCUAGAAUGCGCAGGUGGACUGCCACUCUGUGGGUGCGUGUUCCCGGCAGAGGCACGGGGCGAUAGCUGCCUACAUUUUCCCAGACUGCAUGGAGUUAAAACUCAGCUGUUCAGAGGCGCUAUGGGGGACAAGCUUAGUGGAUGUGUGGUUGCCGUGGAAUAAGUGCUGUGUGGAGAACUCCAUGCCUGGGCCAGAAGUGUGUCACAGACUGGUUACUAAGACAUAGCUGUAAUCUCAGUUUAUAUGGGGCCUUGGUCUGUCGGAGUGUGUUCAUCUCCUGACCAUAAAUGGGGGGUGUGUACAUCUGUUAAAUUAUAGCAAUGAACCUCCCACAUGUCCCCCGCCAUAACUCCUGAAUUCAUUAGGAAUAAAGUGGCUGCCUUGUCCUUUA